AACACUGCCUAUCUACGGUGACAUUCCCCAUAAAAGUACAACAGCCCCUGCAUCCUCUUAUUCCGUCCCCACACCGUAUUAUCCAGCUCCUCGAUUCUAUAUACAUCACCUCAGUUUUUCUGGAAUUGAAUUUUCAUCCGAUAGUACUAACAAACGGACGGUGUUGAGGAGAGAAUAGAGCGGUGGUGAAUUCUGAUAGAGAUGGCGAUGCGAGAGUUGGUUACUGGUGGCGCUGCUUGCGCAGUGCCUGGCUCCUCAGGUUCCUCCAAUCCUUUUGGAGCUCUCACCAACGCCCUCAUCGGCUCGUCCUCUAAAACUCAGGAAAGGCUGCGAGAGAUUCCUACGGCCACAACCACGAACACCAAUAGCAAUCUUUUUGCAGGGACUGAAGAACCUUUUACUGCCCUUCCAGGGUCAGAGCUUGAACACCCACUGCAGCCUCAUGCCCAGGGAUCGGAAUUCCUUCAAGGUUUCCGCUCUGCAGAUCAAAACAGGUUUGCGGAUGCUUGGGAUGAGAUACAAAGACCUCAAAUUCCUCAUUCUUUGGGAAGGGAUAGUAUGACAAAUAUUCCUUUAGAGCACGGUCGGAUUCAACCUAGUUUGGAUGGCCCACCUCAAAGAGUGUUGUCAAGUUUCUUGCACUCAUUUGUCCACAGUAGCCAUAAUGGCCUACCUUUCCGUCCUACUUCACUUCCAGUGUUAGGAUUGUCUGAAGGUGAUAAACAAUGCAUACGUGAUCGCAGCAGUAUUAUGGCUAGGCACUUUUUUGCAGAUAAGAAUGAAGAUUUUAUUAAUGCACAGGUUAACGCACUGCUUUCUUCUUUAGAUAUUGAUAAUGACAUCAGGUCCAGAGGCCCUAUGCCAGGUAGAUUCCCAGAGCUGGAGGAGUAUUGGAAUGAGUCCCAAGUUAUGAAACCUGGGCCUUAUGCCACAGAUGGGUGGGUAGCUGAAUUUUCGCAGCACCAAAUAGAACACAAUGAUCCUAAUGCAUGGGUUCAGUCAUUUGAACGACAACAUGGUGCUAAUGGUUGGGCUACUGAAUUUGAGCGUGAGCAAUCCCAACUUGCAUCAAUAGAUCAAAUGAGAGGUGCAAAUAUUUCUAGCUUAGCCGCCAUGGAGCACACACGUAAGCUAGCGCACACUCUUGCUCAAAACAAUGACCCAAAAUUCCAGAAUUCAAAGUUCCUCCAGUUUGUUUCAAAGAUGAGUCGUGGCGAACUUACUAUUGAGGAUAAUCAAAUAAAACAAGCCACAUUCUCUGCACCUGGAGAUUGGGCUGCAGAGUAUCAGCAACAAUAUAAUGGAGGUCAAACAUGGGCUGACCAGUUUGUGAAUGAGCAGCAUUCCCAUGGACCUAAUGGAUGGGCAAAUGAGUUUGCUUCUGAACGUGUGAUACAUGGAUCGGUUGAUGGUGAGUGGGUCAAUGAAUUUUCUAAGUUACAUGUCAAUGACUGGGCAGAAGAAUUUGAGCAUCAGGUUGCAGGAGGAGUAUUGGGUGAUAGUUCUGGUGAUAACUGGGCAAAUGCAUAUGAUGAGUACCUGAAUGAGCAAGUAGCAUUGAAGCAGAAAUCAGAGACCUCGAGUGGUGUAUAUGUAUUCUCUGAUAUGAAUCCUUAUGUUGGCCAUCCUAAUCCUCUGAGAGAAGGGCAAGAAUUGUUUCGCAAGGGACUUUUAAGUGAAGCAGUACUGGCUUUGGAGGCUGAGGUUCUGAAGAACCCUGACAACGCUGAGGGCUGGAGGUUACUAGGCAUAGCACAUGCUGAGAAUGACGAUGAUCAACAGGCUAUUGCAGCCAUGAUGCGUGCACAGGAAGUUGAUCCAACAAACUUGGAAGUACUUCUCGCUCUUGGCGUGAGUCAUACAAAUGAAUUGGAACAAGCAGCUGCAUUGAAGUACUUGUACAGUUGGCUACGCCAUCAUCCAAAGUAUGGGACCAUUACAUCUGCAGAGCAGCCUGAUAAUCUCUAUAAUCUUGACGUUGCUAGAUUAUUUAAUGAUGCGGCCAAACUAUCACCUGAUGAUGCUGAUGUACACAUAGUUCUUGGAGUCCUGUACAACUUAUCCAGAGAAUAUGACAAAGCUAUUGAGGCUUUCCAGACAGCUUUAAAACUCAAACCACGAGAUUAUUCACUCUGGAAUAAACUUGGUGCAACCCAAGCUAAUAGUGUUCAGAGUGCCGAUGCAAUUUUUGCCUAUCAACAGGCUCUUGAUUUAAAGCCUAAUUAUGUACGUGCAUGGGCAAACAUGGGCAUCAGCUAUGCUAACCAGGGUAUGUAUGAGGACUCUAUACGUUAUUAUGUCCGGGCACUCUCCAUGAAUCCAAAGGCAGAUAAUGCCUGGCAGUAUUUGAGAAUCUCUUUGAGCUGUGCUUCCCGGAACGAUAUGCUGGAAGCUUGUGACUCAAGGAAUCUCGAUUUUCUCCAGAAAGAGUUCCCGCUGUGAUUAUCUUGUUAUCCUGCUGACAGGAGACUUAAACCAGGUAGCUCGAUUCUCAUGUUGGGCUUCAGCAACACACGGAGACCGAAGUUCACGAUCUCUGUCUACUGAUUAGUUUCAGCAUCCUCAAAGACCCUGAAGUUCAACUAAUGCGAACCAUUUUUAUGUAAAGUUUUGACUAUAAAAUUAUUAAGCUCGUAGUAGACUCUCGAGAUGGUGUAUGGUUUUUGGAGUCGUGUGGACUGGGACAGUCACAAUCGUAUUGGACGUUGAGGAAUAAAUAAACUAGGGAAAAGGAAAUGAAAAAAAUACAAAUAAUCCUCGAUGUGGGUCGAUAUUGAAUAUAAUGAACUUGCAUUUGAUGAUCUUGUUUAUUAGAGGAUGAAGCUAACUGAGUAUAUCGUAUAAUGUCAUUGCUAUUUUUGGAGUUCUUGAUGUGAAUGCGCGUGGGAAGAGCCCAAAUGCGAGAGCACGGCAAACGACUGGGAACCAAUAUACCGAGAACCAAGGAAGGGGAGUGGGUGGUCCAACGGUGCAUUCCUUGCCCAAUAGAGGGCACCUCCCCGGAUAGCCCGGCCGGGAUGAUAAAAGAGGCCCCAACGAAUUCUUAAUUGGAGUUAAGAGGAUCCUUUGUAAUUUGAAUUGAUUGUUUUGUC